CAAAAUUCGAACUGUUCCACUAAAACAACCAUCAGAACUGAACAGUCAAAUUACCAGCAAUGUCAGCUCUACCAAUACAAGUAGUCCAAGAUUAUGCUAGUUUUGGUUUGUUGGCUACAAAUGCUGCAUGAUCGUCCUCGUCAGCAGAGGUGACGAUCGAUGGACGUGGAGAUGAGCAGUGGUGCCGCUGGAGCCGUGCCAAAGCUGGAGCAUCCGCCGGGGGCAAGGGAGGCGAGGCGCCGCCGGGUGCUGCUCGUCGCCGGCCUGGUGGCGCUGCCGCUCCUCGCGUUCUUCGUCCUCGGCCGGGAGAGCGCGUCGACGGUCUGGGAGAUCGCGAGCGCCAAGCUCACCGGCAUGGAUGACGACGCCGCCGGUAAUGCAACCAGUGGAGGAGCCGACGAGCUCCUCGGCGGGCUGCUGGCGCCGGGCAUGGACCGCCGGUCGUGCCGGAGCCGGUACGAGACGUGGCGGUACUACAAGCACUUCCCCUACGCGCCGUCGCCGCACCUCCUGCGCAAGCUCCGCGCCUACGAGGCCCGCCACAGGCGGUGCGCCCCCGGCACGCCGCUCUACGCCAGGUCCGUCGAGCGGCUCCGGUCCGGCCGCAGCGGCGCCGGCGAGGCCGAGGAGUGCAGGUACGUCGUCUGGCUCCCCUUCGACGGCCUCGGCAACCGCAUGCUCUCCAUGGUCAGCGGCUUCCUCUACGCGCUCCUCACCAGCCGCGUCCUCCUCGUCGCGCUGCCCCCGGACUCCGCCGACCUCUUCUGCGAACCGUUCCCGGGAACGACGUGGCUGCUCCCGCUGGAGGACUUCCCCGUCGCCAACCUCUUCGGGCUCGGGCACAACCCCGAGCAGUCGUACACGCGCCUCCUCCACAGGAAGAAGAUCGUCGUGGACGACCCGUUGAGCAACGCGACGGCGGCGCCCGUGCCGGCGUACGUGUACCUGAGCCUGGGGUACCAGCUGACUGACAGGAUCUUCUUCUGCGGCGAGCACCAGCUCGCGCUCGGCAGGGUGAACUGGCUGCUGCUGUACAGCGACCUCUACUUCGUGCCGUCGCUGUACCCGAUCGCCGGGUUCGGGGACGAGCUCCGGCGGCUGUUCCCGGCCAGGGAGAGCGCGUCCCACCUCCUGCUCCGGUACCUGCUCCACCCGACGAACCCCGUGUGGGGCCUGGUCACCAGGUACUACCACGCAUACCUGGCUCCGGCGACGCGGAGGAUCGGCGUGCAGGUCAGGAUGUUCGGCUUCGCCUCAGUCCCCGUCGACGACAUGUACAACCAGAUCCUCGCGUGCUCCCGGCAGGAGCGCAUACUGCCGGAGAUCGACGCCGACGGCGACGCGGCGGCUGGCACCGGCAGCAAGACCUCCACGGCGAUCCUGAUCGCGUCGCUGUACCCCGACUACUACGAGCGGCUGAGGGCGAGGUACUACGAGCACGCGGCGGCGAAGGGCGGCGGCGGCGCGUGGGUGGGCGUGUUCCAGCCGACGCACGAGGAGCGGCAGGCGACGGAGAGCCUGGCGCACAACCAGAGGGCGCUGGCGGAGGUCUACCUGCUGAGCUUCUCCGAGGCGCUGCUCACCUCCGGGCUGUCCACGUUCGGGUACGUGAGCAGCAGCCUCGCCGGCGUGCGCCCGGCGAUCCUGCUCACCGCGUUCCGCCACAAGGUCCCCGCGACGCCGUGCCGGCGGGCCGUGUCCAUGGAGCCGUGCAACCUCACGCCGCCCCGGGGCGUGGAGUGCCGGCGGAGCGAGGCCGCGGACGACGGGGGCGACGUGGCCCGGCACGUCAGGGUCUGCGAGGACUUUCACGACGGGGUGAAGCUGUUUGACUAGGCUGCGGCGGCGGCACGGCGCUGACUUUUCUUGGUCGUUGCUGCUUACUGUUAGGCACAUUUCUUUUCUUUAAAAGGAAUCUAGUUGACACAUUUCUAAAAUACAAGUCGUUGCAAAGA